GCUCAGAACCUUUAUGGAAAAUCAUCGAAAGCACGCCAAAGCCGCACAAUGGCCAGGGGGCGAGGCAGAGUGAGGAAGAUGAGGGCAGCUGCCAUGCGGUGCUCCUCGCACAGGCGCAGGAGGAGGGCGACAUGGCCACGCAAAAGGUCCAGAGGAGGCUCUCAGAUCAUCGUCGGGGUCACUUCGCGUCCUGGCACGAGUUCUGGAGCUAUUAUCGUCAGAUAGACAAGGCUCCUCCUUCAUCGGGGCCGUGUUGGCGCCGGGAGCUGACUCAGCUGAAGAGCAAG